UUCAGAUGCAGGCAGCCAUUUGUAGUGGACUGUGUGAGGCUCCAGAGCUGCUGGCUCUGGCAUUCUCCUUACUAUGCCAGGGAACCCCAGUUAGAGCAUCCUCGAGCAGAUCUUUCACAGGGCUCAGAGCAAGCAGUCUUCUUGGGGGCAGGGUGACAAGAGCUCCAGACACGCCCUAGACAGCUGCACGCCACAUUUCCCUCCGCUGCCAUGCGAUCGCACUCUGGUUUGGGGGCGGAUUAUGCAUUUUUUCCACCAACUAGUUUUUGUGCCUUUUUUUUUUUUUUCUUUUAAAGGCACAAUGUUUUCUUAGAAACAGACAGAAAGUAACUGGCUGGUUGCUGCCUGUACAAGCCCCACCCUGAUGAGAGGCUGAGACUUUCCCCUCCCAUCACAAAACAUCUAAUGACAGAGGACCCCUUGGCACAUGGAAAGGAAGUUGCUGAAAAUAAACGCUAUUUGGAACUGUUUUAACUUCUUGCCCUGGCACUUUCUGAACUGGAUUCCCACUCUCCCUACACUUGGACUGUAGCCGAGAAGGCUCUGAAAACGGAUUUAACAACCCCUUAAAUUUACAGGAACUUCUAGUAUGGAAUGGUAAAGCUCAUGCCAGUCUGCUAAGGAAGUGCUGUUGUUGUUGCAGCCAGCGUAAGGUGAGAGGACCCAGGCUGCUGUAGGCAUCUCCUAUUGGAUGCUCCAUCCAAGAUGGCUGCCCUCAUCACUGAAAACUUCCGCUUCCUUUCUCUGUUCUUCAAAAGCAAAGACGUGAUGAUCUUCAAUGGCCUGGUGGCCCUGGGCACGGUGGGCAGCCAGGAACUCUUCUCUGUGGUCGCCUUCCACUGCCCCUGUUCUCCGGCCAGGAACUAUAUCUAUGGACUGGCUGCCAUUGGAGUCCCAGCCCUGGCCCUGUUCCUCAUCGGCGUCAUCUGGAACAAUCACACCUGGAAUUUGGUGGCCGAGUGCCACAAGAGGGGGGCCAAGAACUUCUCGGCCGCAGCCACCUUCCUGCUCUUUGGCUCCAUCAUAGGGCGGGCUGCCGUGGCCCCUGUCACCUGGUCGGUCAUCUCACUGCUUCGUGGAGAAGCCUAUGUCUGUGCCCUCAGUGAAUUUGUGGACCCUGCCUCCCUAGAUAAAUUUCCAUCCAGAUAUGGACCGGAGACCCUGGCCAGGUUCCCUUGUAACGACAUUCCAAGGAACUUGACAAGUUUUAAGGAAGAAGUGAUAAGAAGACUAAGAUACGAGUCCCAGCUCUUUGGCUGGCUGCUCAUUGGGGUCAUUGCAGUCUUGGUUUUCCUCACCAAGUGCCUGAAGCACUGUUGCUCGCCGCUCAGCUACCGGCAAGAGGGCUACUGGUCCCAGUACCGCUCUAGCGAGGCCAAGCUCUUUGAGCGCACUGCCGAAGUCCACUCCAAGAUCCUGGCUGCCAACAACGUCAAGCAGUUCUUCGGCUUCGUGGCUCUGAACAAGGAGGAGAAGGAGCUAGUGGAGGAGUUCCCAGUGGAGGGUGUCCAGCCAAGCCCGCAGUGGAAUGCCAUCACCGGGGUCUAUAUCUACCGGGAAAAUAAGGGCUUCCCACUCUACAGCCGGCUCCAUAAGUGGGCCAAAGGGGUGGAGGGGAAUGGGCCAGGGCCUGAUGGUCAGGAAAUGGUCUUCCUAGCCACAUAAGAGAACCAGCAGCCCAGGGGGAUGACAGAACCAGUUCCCCACACCAUCUUUAUUAUAUGGAGAUGUGCCUGUCUCUCAGAACCGGAAGGGACCUUGAAAGGUCAUCAAGUCCAGUCCCCUGCCUUCAAAGCAGGACCAAGUACUGUCCCUGACACAUUCCUCCCUGAUCCCUAAAUGGCCCUCACAACCCUGGGUUUAGCAGGCCAAUGCUCAAACCACUGAGCUAUCCCUUCCCCCUCUCCCCCCCAGACAUUCCCAUCAGACUUUGCUUCACUGUAUGUUCAAAUACGCAAAUAUGGCACAGUAGCACGGUUAGUUGAUCUGCUGCUAAUUCUCCUCCAAACAGCUGUUCCUCCUGGGCACAGCAAGGGAGGAAGGAUGAACAGCUUCAGGGUAAAGACCAACCACAUUGUGCCAGGAACCUGUCUCUAAGACACAACCAUGCAAUGCUGCUCCCACACACAGGACAUGGCACCUAAAGCAGGUAUUUGCACCCUGUUGCCAGACUAUCAGUGCUGCAGCCCUACUGUUCUGAGGCACAGACCGAGCCCCCGGGACCUGUGUACACAAAGACAUGUUAAAGAUGGGAAACCAGCUACAAUACACUGCCAGGGUUUCCCUAUCUCAGCUAUGAAUGUGGCAGCCUCUUUGCUCUCCUUCAUUUCAGGGUCAGGAAAAGACAACCUAGCACAACUGCCUAUUUUAUUAUUAAGACUUUAUCUUAUAAUUCUAUAGCAUAAACAAAUUCCCAGAGGACAUGAUGGGCAAUUGCAUCUGGGGUGGAACACAACAGCAGUCCAUCAAUGCACAGAAAAACUCUACAGUCUAAGGGUUUGUCUACAUGAAGGAAGGGACGGGGUAGUAUGCCCUAACUUGGAUUGGAGCACACUGAAAUGACCUGUAUUCACACAGUGCAGACCCUGAAAGCACAGUAGCUCCAUAGUUAAAGGGUAUAAAGUUCAUCGGGCACUGAGUUAAUACAAACCCAUGUUCGUGUACGCACAUUUCUCAUUCACACUAUUUUAGCUGUCCUAAGUGCCACCCCACACUGAAUGUCCCCAGGAUUGAACUGUCAGUUUCCCUGUGUAUCCUCCCCCUCCACUUCUCUGGGAUCAAGUUGACCUGAUGCCAGCUAGUAGGCCACUGAUAUUGCACAGGGAAAUUUAAUGAAGUGGAAUGUAAUUAUCCAGUUGGAAACUGGCCAGGACACCAAAGAUCCUUUUUCAUGAGCACAUAUGGUCAACUUGGUUUUAUGUAUCUGGAAGACAGCACAGUCAGCAGAUCUGCAUCCUGCUGAGCUGGCCUGGGACAGGUUGAGUCAUCACUACCACUUCCUGCAGCACCUUGGGCUUCUCAUCCAAGCACUGACCAGCUUUGCCUCUGCUUAGGGUCUGAGACAUGGCAAGCUCAUAACCAGACUUAGUUACAGUGCACACUCGUCACGCUUAAUUGUAUCAGUUAAGCAUCUUUCUCCUACUGGAAGGAGACCAGAAACCAGACAGCCAAAAGACUGCAUUAUGAGCAUGUCUUGUGCCUGUAGAAACUGAUUUGCACUGAUUGGAAUCGGUGGGAUUCAGCCAUGGGAAGCAGUGACCACUCCUCCCUUCUUUCAUUGGGCUUUUUAAACGGUUUCCACUGCCUUAAAUGGCUCCUGAACGAGAUCCUCACGGCUUCUCUCUUAAGAACCAAGCUCCACUCUGAGAAACGGAGAGAGGGGAGGUUUAAAUGUACGACUGUCAUUGCACUAUUGUGUUGUCCACUGGUUGGAGAAUUGAUUUGUGUUUAUAGCACUGCACAAUUCACCUGUCUCUAACUGCAUGUUGAAUUAGUUACACGCAAUUGUGUCUGUUUCAAUGGUUGGCAGCAUAUUGGAGUUGGCUUUUCUUAUUUAUAAUGCUGCUUUAUAUAUGCACCUCAUUUUUAUGCACUUUUGCUAUGCCUUUCAUGGUACUGUCAACCCCAAGUGUACAAAUAGCAUGAGUCAGGCACUUCAAACUCAUGCAACUCGAUUAAAAAUUGAGUUUUUUUAAUAAAUAAAAUAGGAAUUCUUUUUCUUUGCUUUCUGAUUUCUGAACAUUUUAGGUGCAGCUGGGCCAAAGAAAAGCUUCAGAAUGUGAACAUGAGGGCCAGAAACUUACUUUGUUUUUUUAAAUUAAAGUUCCGAUUCUGGCACGUUCACACAACUCCAGGAGCGGCGGUUUAAGCAGACCACCAACUAUCAGGCCGACUCUAGGUUUUUUGUUGCCCUAAGCUCCAGAAGCGCAACUGUCCAAGCCAAAAAAGUCUGUGGAGCAUAGGAAAAAUUGCUCCCACUGGCAGCUCCACGCCCCGCGUCCUCCCCCCCACACACACACCAGCUCGCCUUCACUCUGCCUCCACCUCCCCUGAGCUGGCUGUUGUGUCCUGCUUCUCCACCCUCCUCCAGCAAUUGCGCCACCAUACAGCUGAUUAGUGCUAGCCUGGGAGGGAGGGGUGAGGAGGAGGAAUGUGGUGUGCUUGGGGAAGAGGCAGGGCCAGGGCAGGGAUUUGGGGAGGAAUCCAAAAGGCAGUGAGGAGGUGGGGCUGGGGGCAGGGCCAUGGCAGGAAUUUGGGGACAGAAGGGCAGAGUCAGGGCAGGGCUGGGGUGCAGUUGGGGCAGGGGACAGAAGCCCCCUCUGCCUGUGCACCAGAGGGCAAAAUAUCAAGACAAUUCGUGGUACAAUAUAGGGACAAUCCUGAUAAAAAUCGGGAUGUCUGGUCACCCUAUGCCCCAAGCACAUGCUUGCUUUACUGGUGCCUAGAGCCGGUCCUGCCAACUAUCAGGAGAGUUGGUGAUAUUGUUGCACUGAUUCGGGUGCAGGUUUUACAGGGGAUUGAUGCAGUGGGUGAAGGGAAGACUGGACUCUGCUCUGUCACUGUGCUCUCUUGUGAGAGAAAGAGCAGGAGCAUGGCUAGCACUUGGAAACAGGCACUGGGGGACAUCUCAUGGACUGCAAGUGCUAAUACACACAGGUUGUAAUUGCUAUACAUCAUGUGCUGGCAGAAAGAGAAGUGAUGGCAGCCCCUUUGCGAAGGUGUUUGAGUUGAGUUUUUUAAUUCUCCUUCAGGGUGCAGACAUUCUAUGCAGCUCUCCGAGGAGAUCUACAACAGACGACAACCAGGAUGCUUAUAAAAGCAUGACAAAUAGAAAGAAGUCAGGAUUUAGCAUAAUGAGUAACUGCUAUUCAUGCCCAUCAGCUGAGUCAGGAACUCAGGCUAUCACAAGCAAUAAUCCCACCACUCCAGCAGCUUCUAGCCAUGGGCUCUGCUGGUUAUCAACGAGGAAUUCAGCAUGGAUUUUGUAAUGAAGGAGAGAGCCCAAAACUGAGUUAGGAACAGCCUGUUCCUCUCUCGGGAGAGGUCCAUAAACUGGGCAAAAAUUUAAAAAAACAGGCACUGUAGCUAAGAUUCAUUUCCUCUGCCUCUGUAAUGGCUGAAAAGAGCAAACACAAAUUUGCUUUGAAGAUCACAUAUUAAACUUAGAUUGAACUAAUUACAACCCACACCCUUCUUACUAAAGGUUAAACAAAAGCAUCACAAAGUUAGCUUGCAAUAAUUUUAUAACAUUUUGAAGGGCCCAUAAUCCCACACCUCAGAUUACGCCCCCCCCCCCCGACGCCACAGAACCAACCUAAGAUGAUGCUCAACCUGGGCUGAUGUUGAUCAGUGACAGCCUUCUGACGCUCAUUCCUUCUCUACACAAAAAGGAGGGGAUAAAAGGUGGGCAGAAGGCACGUAGAAACAGAACAUAAGAACGGCCAUACUGGGACAGACCAAUAGUCCAAUUAGCCCAGUG